CAAGUCGUGGCUGAACAUGACUGAAACCUUCGCCUGUGUGGAACUCUGGCGCAGAAGCCUCUCUGUCCUCUCCAGGAUCUGCAGCUGAGGUGAGCUGCAUUCCCCACUCCCAUGGUAACAGAUGCAGGAACUGAAGCUUAGAAAGACUGGCUUGGUGAAGGUCAGAGUAGGAGGGGUGAGAGGCGACAUACUGCUGCCCUGACCCCCAUCCAGACCCAGGAGGGUCAGGCAGGAUGAAGCCUAAGGGAGAGCAGACACGGAGAAAAUGACUCAUUUUCUCCCAUGACAGUCACUCGUUCCAGCUCCCUUCACUCAUCGCAGCUCCCAGAAGAUGCUGUAGCAUGAGAAGUGCCAACCAAAGCUGCUUCUGGGACACCCCAAAGGACUUCAUUCUCCUGGGCAUUUCUGACAGGCCAUGGCUGGAGCUCCCAGUCUUUGUGGUCCUCCUGGUGUCCUACAUUCUGGCUGUGCUUGGAAACAUCUCCAUCAUCCUGGUAUCCCAGCUGGAUCUCCAGCUUCAGAGUCCCAUGUACGUGUUCCUCAGCCACUUGUCCUUCCUGGACCUCUGCUACACCACCACCACCGUCCCUCAGAUGCUGUUCAACAUGGGCAGCUCCCGGAAGACCAUCAGUUACGGGGGUUGCACCGUGCAAUACGCCAUUUUCCACUGGCUGGGCUGCACCGAGUGCGUUGUCUUGGCUGCCAUGGCUCUGGACCGCUACGUGGCCAUCUGUGAGCCACUCCGGUAUGCUAUCAUCAUGCACCGCCCACUCUGCCAGCGGCUGGUGGCUACAGCCUGGCUCAGCGGCUUCGGCAACUCCCUCGUUCAGGUCAUCCUGACGGUGCAACUGCCUUUCUGUGGCCGGCAGGUGCUGAACAACUUCUUCUGCGAGGUGCCAGCCAUGAUCAAGCUGUCCUGUGCUGAUACAACCGCGAAUGAUGCCACACUGGCUGUGCUGGUGGCCUUCUUCGUGCUGGUCCCUCUAGCCCUUAUCCUCCUCUCCUAUGGCUUCAUUGCUCAGGCAGUGAUGAGGAUCCAGUCCUCCAGGGGGCGGCGCAAGGCCUUCGGGACUUGCUCUUCCCACCUGCUGGUGGUCUCCCUCUUCUACCUGCCCGCCAUCUACAUGUACCUGCAGCCUCCGUCCAGCUACUCCCAAGAGCAGGGCAAGUUUAUCUCCCUCUUCUAUUCUAUAAUCACCCCCACCCUUAACCCUUUCAUCUACACCUUGAGGAAUAAGGACGUGAAGGGAGCUCUCGGAAGACUCCUGGCAAGGACCGGGAGGCUGUGUGGAAGGUGAAAGUGCAGCCCCAGAAGACCUACACAGCUCGCAGAACUCCUGAGCAAAGACUCUGGGGGGAUGGGGUUGCGGCUCAGUGGUGGCACAGCACUUACGUGGCUUGUGGGAAGGACUGAGUUCAACCCCUAGGGCCGCAAGAAGUGCUUGGAACAGUAGGUUCUUCAACAGAUUUGAAAGAAAAAAAAUCUGAGAACAUUUCACCUUCCAUGUAGUAAUAAUGUUCAAAGUCCCACAUCUAAGGGUAAGUUCCAUUCUCAGAGCAGAAUUCUAAGAAGCCGUAUAUCUUCAAGACGUGCUUAAAUGACUUUGUGUUCACAAAUACUCAUUAGACUGUUUAAUUUCUAAUUUCCUAGUUUUCCCCAUUUUCUUCCUCUUCCUAUAUUUCCUCUCCCAUUUCCCAUGUAUCUUUUUAAGCCCCUUUCUUCCAUUAUAGUCACUCUGGAUGUGUACAAUACCAACCUGACACAGAGUCUUACCUCACUUAUAAUAAACAUCUGUUCUUCAUGGAUCAAAGCCGA